ACUCACCUUCCUUUCUUUCCCACUCCUCUCUCUCUCUCUCUGCAAAUAUAUACUACUCCGUAAUGCAUUCCACAUAAUCUCUCUCUCUCUACCCGUUUUGAGCUGAUCAACAAUGACCCGCUACAGGAGAAUCGAGAUCAUCGAGCCCUCCCAACCAUCUCUCUUCAUCAAACAAACCUCCAUUUUCACCCCAACCUUCUUCCCCCACUGCUUCCCCUUCCAACAUGACCACCUCGACUUCGCCCUCGAUCUCCUCCGCCCCACCGCCAAACCCGCACUCAUCGAUUUCCACGACUUCGACACCAUCACUGAUCUCAUACAGAUCGAUCGAACCCCGCAUCACACCUCGACUCGGCGACUUGUCCAUCACCGAGUCGGCUCCGAGUCUUACCUGCUGAGCCUCUGUGACCGAGUCUCCGCGCUGGAGCUGAGCUUCGAUAAGCUGGUGGACGCUGAAAAACCCCACCACCGCGGAGAUCGGAAGUACACUUGGACGGCCGAGGUCAACGACAAGCACGGGCUGGAUCGGAAGUACAAGUGGACGGCCGAGAUCAAGGGCGGAGAAAAGAAGAAGGAAAAGAAGGAGAAGGAGAAGAAGGAUUCAAUAAAGGGAGGUGGGGUCGAGAAGAAGUACAGGUGGUCGGCGGAGAUCAAGGACAAGCACGAGGAGUCUCCGGUCAGCCGGAGGUACGUGUUUGAGGUGUCGACUGGAGAUGGAUCCGAGGGCAGCGAAUCGGAGAAGAAAGAGAAAGAGAAGGAUAAGAAGGUGAAGAAGAAGGAGUGUGGCAAUGGAGGGGGACCCCGCGCUCGUGUGGUCGAGAUCGAAGAGCCUUCUGACAAUCAUGGGGCCUUCGUUUUGAGGCAGGCUUUUGCGAAGAGGGGACGGGGUGCCGAGAAGUGGAAGGGGAAGAGGAAGGAGUUGUCGCCCCAAGAUGCGGCGAUGAUGAUACAAGUCAGCUUCAGGGCUUACCUGAUCAGGAGGUCUCAGGCGCUUCGUGCACUCCGCGAGCUGGCAGUUGCCAAGGCCAAGUUGAAGGAGCUCAGGGCACUCUUCAACAACUUCUCAUAUCGUCGCCGCCUGUCCCAUGACGCUGAGGAGCGUCAGAGGUUCUCUGAGAAGAUCAUUGUCCUGCUUCUCACUGUGGAUGCCAUUGAGGGUGUUGAUCAUAUGGUGCGGGCUGCAAAAAGAUCGAUGAUUGAUGAGCUGGAAGCAAUGCUUGAUGUGGUAGACCCCCAGCCUUCAGGUGGCAAAUCGCUUUCGAUGAGGAGGAGGACAUUUGAUAUGCCCGAUGGCGUCAUCCAGAAGGAGCUUGCUGCUGGUGUGGCUGAGGUGGUUCACAUGCUUGAUCAAGAAAAUGGUACGUUUGAGGCAUGCUUGUAAGUGCCUGGAAAAUGGGAUUGUGGGGUUCCAUGCUGUUGUAGUUUCUGAACUACUAGGAAGUUGCGGUCAAGUUAUUUGUACCUCUCUCUAAUUCGGGCUAUUACGGGUAAAAUUCGAAAGACUCAGGAAGAGAAUAUUUGUACUUGCUCCACUGAGAGGGGUAAGUUUCAACCCACUGAGAGGGGUGUUUGUGGUGCUUUUGGUUGUGUGCAAGGUUGAAAAACCUGUGUUUUUUUACUUGUGUUAUCAGUGACUACUUGACAUUCCCGGCUUUA